AUGGCCCAAGUCGUAGCGCACAGUAGCCAGGCCCGGCCCGCUUCCUAUGCGCAACAGCAGAAUGCGCCCCACGGCAAGAAGAGGCCUGCCGAUGGCUCGCUGGAGAACGAGCAGCGGCUGAGCAAGCGCUUUGAUCUGUUGAAUCUGGUCGACCACAACGGCACGCGCCUCUACAUCCCCGUCCCAGGCUCCUCCCAAGGCACAAACACCACACACUCCCACUCGUCGCCUACCAACCAGCAACAUCCCAUCCCCGUCGCCGACGCCCUCGCCUUCGCCUCAACCCGCCCCCGCCGCGACCGCAAGCCACCACGCGCCCAAGACGCCAUGGACGUCGAAGACACCCCCCACCGCGUCUACAUAUCCGACCUCAGCGCCGAGCUCAGCGACAUCGAGUCAGACGAGGAAAACCCCAUUUUCCUCUCCGACAUUGAAAAGCACCUAUCCAAGAUCCCCGCCCACGUCCUGCGCGGGCCCGAUCCCACCCCGAACCGCGAUAACCAGAUGGUGUUGUAUAAUGUCCCCACGAGCCUGACGGUCCCUGAGGCCCAGGAUAAUGUGCGCAAAGCCAUUGUGGAGACUCGCCAGCGCAUUCGCGAUAGGCAGGUCAAUCCCAUUACGGAGCCGCCGAGUGUUUUUGCCAGAGGGACUGUGGAGUCUACGGGUCCAACGUCGAGUAUGAUGAUGGAUAGCAGUAAUGAUAUACCCCCCGCAGAGGAAGCCAGCGGAGAUGCCAUGGACAUUGAUUAA